GGCGUUCGCAUUGCUAACAAUUCAUAUUAUAAUAAACUUGUACAUCAUUACUGUGUUAUGAAAUGCUGUAACCUGGGAGCAAUGGCAUUCUACUGGAUCUUCAUUGCUUUCUCUUGGUUUGGCUUCGCCAGCCUUCAAUAUAUAAACACAGCUGGCGCGGACGCUGAAACUCUAAUGGAUCCUUUGGACUCCACCAUCCACUACCCGCCAUUACCAUAUGUGAACUACUUCAACGUUCUGACUCCGAGGAACAACAUGGAAACCUUACAAAACAACGGCAAUAUGGACCACAGUCAAUUUACUGAACAGGAUCUAGAAUCGCUCGAUUCAAAAAGGAUGAGAAGAACAACGGAUGAAGAUAAAGAUGCCAAAGAACGGAAUUGGCAGCCAAAUUUAAUCGACAGCGAUAAAACUAUAUAUCUACCAAGUGACACCUUCGGUAUUAGAACACCGUUCGUUGUUCAAGCAUAUUCCGAUACCUCAAGCGAAAAAAACACCACAGAUAUUUCUAAUUCACUAGAGAAGAGGAGUUUUAGCCCAUGGGGCGGUAAGCGAAAUAGACCAAAUAUUAUUGAGCAGAUGUGGACUUGGAAGAAAUCAGCCGGCAUCCGUGAACCCAGUAUGCCGAAAAGAGUUCGCUUUAGUCCCUGGGGAGGAAAGAGAUCCGGUCAGAUGAUAUAUAAGCCAGGGACUAAAGGCUCCAAGGUUAUAUUUUCUGCAUCAGUUCCAGAACUAACUCGGAUCGUAUCAAAUUACUCACCGAACGGCAAUCGCCUCAACAUGGCCGGCCUUCAAUUUAUACCGUCACCAGAUAAAAGACAUCCCAUUAAAAUUUUAGCCCUAAAUACAAAAUUGGACGAAAGGACGUUAAGGGAUGCUCUUCCUUUCAACACAUUCAUGGAGACAAUACCGAAAAUGUACAAACCCGGUCACGCCUACCUGGAUGUUCAUUUGAAGAAAGAUGGUAAGCGUAAGGUGAAAUUCAGCGCUUGGGGUGGUAAAAGAUCUCCACCCAUCAUAGGGCCCAUCUGGACCCCAGCAUCUCAAGACAUCAAAGAAUCCACCUUGGACACGAUAGUAUUGAUUCGAAAUAAUCAAAACGAAGACGCCGAAAAAAUGUUGUAAAUUGGACACAUGGCACAUUGAUGAUUACAGAUUGACUUAUAACUUAAAAAAAAAACGAAUAUUCCUAAGGAUUUAGAUUUCAUGUGCCAUAUAUGAAUUUGGGAGAAAAGUCUGCAAAAAUUCACUGUCUAUGACAAAAUGGCUGGAUUUGUCAGAGACAAACAAAUGUUAUGUUAUGCAAAUGUUUAUUAAUUACUAGUAAAUUGUUUCUGGGUGUAAUGUAUUAUUGAAACUUUGGUGACCUGAA